AUGAUCUUUGAUGCUGCAAAAAAAAAAAAAAAAAAAAAAAAAAAGAAGGAGUGGGCGGAGGGGAGGGGGGGGGGGAAAAAAGCAAAAUGUAUGUUAAAUAGGGGAAAGGGGGGGGGGGGGGGGUAGGGGGGGGGGAAUGGGGGGAAUGAGUAGACAGAAAAAAAAAAAAAAAAAUAAUAAAAGAGUGAAUAUACUUAUCGGAAGAAAAACAUAUAAGUUUUGGGAAGGGAGAGCACAAGCGGACUACAAAACCUUAAAAUAGGAAGCCCAAGAGGGGAAACCCCCGGGAGGGGCAAGUUUCGCGGAUGAGAUUUUUUUAUACGGGCCCAUUGAUUAAAUUCCCCCCGGCGUUUUUGAUUUGAUCGACAAGAAAAAUAUCUUUGAUGCGGGAAAAAAAAAAAAAAAAAAAAAAGGCUCAGCCGGGCCGUCGGGGAUGGAUGCUGAGUUAUAUCGAAGAAUCCUUUGCUCUAAGAAUUUUAAGGCUGAGGGCAACGUUUUGAGAGAGGAGGUAGCCGUUUUCACAAGAAAUCUGUUGAAAAUCGCUUACCAUCCAUCUUUGCUGGAAGGCUAUACCUCUUGCAGACUAAUCCCCUUGGCCAAAAACCCUGGAAUACGACCUAUUGGCGUUGGUGAGGUCCUGAGGCGAAUUAUUGGAAAAACUAUUGAUGGAUUUUUGAAGGAAGAGAUCAAAGAGGAAGCGGGCCCCCCUCGGGUUUGCGCAGGCCAUAAUGCAGACGCACAGGCCGCGAUACAUGCCAUGAGUCAAGUGUUUGUAGAGGAAGGAACAGAUGGUAUUUUACUGGUACAUGCAAGCAGCGCCUUUAACCAAAGGAACAGAUCCGUCGCCUUGCAUAAUAACAUCCAGAUAACCUGUAAGGGAAUAUCAGUUUACAUCAUUAACACCUACAGAAGCCCCUUGAGGCUUUCUUUGCAGCGGAGGUGAUAUAUUAUCACAGGAGGGUACGAGGCAGGGGGAUCCCUUGGCCAUCCCCUGGUACUUUGUCCAUUCAUCUAUCAUGAUCCAGAGUUUAAGGCCAAGCACACCAGGUGUUAAACAAGUAUGGCUGGCCGACGACUCUGCGGGGGUGGACAAAUUGUGUCGUUGUAUAACUGGUACAAUCACCUGA